GUGGUCAGCCGGACGGAGCUGAGUCUCCCGCUCAGCCCAGCGGAGCUGUCAUGCUGCCCAAAGGCGACACGGAAUCUCUAGGACUCGUUCGAUCGCAUGGAGAACAGGGGCACAUGCCAAGAAAUAUGCAAGCCCCCCACUAUAAAAUGAUGGACUACUCGUAUGAUGAAGACUUGGAUGAGAUGUGUCCGGUUUGUGGAGACAAGGUUUCUGGAUACCAUUAUGGGCUCCUCACAUGUGAAAGCUGCAAGGGCUUCUUCAAGCGCACGGUUCAGAACAACAAGCGGUACACAUGUAUAGAGAACCAGAGCUGCGCCAUCGACAAGACACAAAGAAAACGCUGCCCUUAUUGCCGCUUCCAGAAGUGCCUCACUGUUGGCAUGAAGCUGGAAGCUGUGAGGGCGGACCGCAUGCGCGGCGGCCGCAACAAGUUUGGCCCCAUGUACAAGCGCGACCGGGCCCUCAAGCAGCAGAAGAAAGCGAUGAUCCGCGCCAACGGCCUGAAGAUCGAGUCCAUGACCCAGGUGAUGCAGGCGGUGCCCACCGACCUCACCAUCUCCUCGGCCAUCCAGAACAUCCACCAGGCCGCCUCCAAGGGCCUGCCGCUCAGCCACCACGGCCACCCGCACCACGCCGCCCUGCCCCACACAGACUACGARCGCAGCCCCUUCGUCACGUCGCCCAUCAGCAUGGCCAUGCCCCCCCACACUGGUUCCCUCCAGGGCUACCAGGCGGCCUACGGCCACUUCCAGAGCAGCCGCACCAUCAAGUCCGAGUACCCGGACCCGUACACCAGCUCGCCCGAGUCCAUCAUGGGCUACAACCCGUACAUGGACGUGUACCAGACGGGCUCGCCGCCCAGCUUCCCGCACCUCAUCGUGGAGCUGCUGAAGUGCGAGCCUGACGAGCCCCAGGUCCAGACCAAGAUCCUGGCCUACCUGCAGCAGGAGCAGGCCAGCCGGGGGAAACACGACAAACUCAACACGUUCGGCCUAAUGUGCAAGAUGGCCGACCAGACGCUGUUCUCCAUCGUGGAGUGGGCCCGGAGCAGCAUCUUCUUCCGCGAGCUCAAGGUGGACGACCAAAUGAAGCUCCUCCAGAACUGUUGGAGCGAGCUCCUCAUCCUCGACCACAUUUUCCGUCAGGUGAUGCAUGCCAAAGAGGGCUCCAUCCUAUUGGUCACCGGCCAACAGGUGGAUUAUGCUGUAAUUGCCUCCCAAGCCGGAGCUACUCUAAACAACCUGAUGAGCCACGCUCAGGAGCUGGUGGGCAAGCUGCGCUCCCUGCAGCUGGACCAGAGGGAGUUCGUCUGCCUCAAGUUCCUGGUUCUGUUCAGCUUGGGUGAGUAUCCAAGGGGUGGGGGGCAGGAGGUUGGUGGAGAGAGGAGGAGGUGUGUCUGACUACCAGAGAGAGGGAG